AUGUCGUCCGUCGUCGGUAUCGACGUGGGCAAUGCCUCGUCCAAGAUCGGUGUUGCGCGUGCCCGUGGUGUCGAUGUGAUCGCCAACGAGGUCUCCAACCGCGCCACCCCUUCGCUCGUCUCCUUCGGCCAGAAGGCGAGAGCGCUCGGCGAGGCCGCUGCCACCGCACAGACCUCCAACUUCAAGAACACCAUCGGCUCGCUCAAGCGUCUCGUAGGUCGCACCUUCCAGGACCCCGAGGUCCAGAAGGUCGAGAAGAACUUCAUCAACGCAGAGCUCGUCGACGCAAAGGGCGAGGUUGGCGUCAAGGUUCGCCUCGCAGGUGAGGAACAGACCUUCUCCGCCACCCAGCUCCUCGCCAUGUACCUCGUCAAGCUCCGCGACACCACCUCCAAGGAGCUCGGCGGCGCUGGCGUCAGCGACGUCGUCCUCUCCACCCCGCUCUGGUUCACCGACGCUCAGCGACGCGCCUACCUCGAUGCCGCCGAGAUCGCCGGCCUCAACCCCCUCCGCCUCCUCAACGACACCACCGCCACCGCCCUCGGCUACGGCAUCACCAAGACCGACCUCCCCGAGGCGGACAACCCGCGCAACGUCGUCUUCUGCGACAUUGGCCACUCGUCCUACCAGGUCGCCGUGGUCUCGUUCAGCAAGGGCCAGCUCACCGUCCUCGGCACCGCCGCCGACCGCAACUUCGGCGGUCGCGAUUUCGACCGUGCCCUCCUCCAGCACUUUGCCGAGGAGUUCAAGGGCAAGUACAAGAUUGACGUCCUCUCCAGCCCCAAGGCCACCUUCCGUCUCGCCGCCGGCUGCGAGCGCCUCAAGAAGGUGCUCUCCGCCAACGCCCUCGCCCCCUUGAACGUCGAGAACCUCAUGGAGGACAUCGACGCCAGCUCCCAGCUCAAGCGCGAGGAGUUUGAGCAGCUCAUCUCGCCCCUCCUCGAGCGCAUCAACGUGCCCCUCGAGGCCGCCCUCGCCCAGUCCGGCCUCUCCAAGGACCAGAUCCACUCGAUCGAGAUGGUCGGCGGCUCGUCGCGCGUGCCUGCGCUCAAGGAGCGCAUCUCGGCCUUCUUCGGCAAGCCGCUCUCGUUCACCUCGAACCAGGACGAGGCUGUGGCCCGCGGCUGCACGCUCGCCUGCGCCGUCCUCUCGCCCGUCUUCAAGGUGCGCGAGUUCAGCAUCCACGACGCCACCCCUUACUCGAUCAAGGUCACCUGGGACAAGGCCGCCGACGUGCCCGACGAGGACACCGAGCUGGUCGUCUUCCAGCCCAACAACCCCAUCCCCUCCACCAAGAUCCUCACCUUCUACCGCAAGGAGAACUUUGACCUCGAGGCGCACUACGCCGCCCCGGACCAGAUCCCCGAGGGCAUCAACCCCUGGAUCGGCAAGUUCUCCAUCAAGGGCGUCACCCCCAACGCCGAGGGCGACCACUCGAUCGUCAAGGUCAAGGCGCGCCUCAAUCUGCACGGCGUGCUCAACUUUGAGUCGGCCUACACCGUCGAGGAGGUCGAGAAGGAGGAGGAGGUGCCCGUCGCCGCCGACCCCGCCGCCAUGGACACCGACGGCGACAAGGACGCUGCUGCUGCGCCCAAGACCGAGGUGCGCAAGGUCAAGAAGCUCCAGCGCAAGGCUGAUCUUUCGAUCGUGUCGGGCUUCACCGGCGGCAAGGACGCCAGCGUGGUGUCCGAGAUGAAGGAGGUCGAGGGCCAGCUCUACUCGAACGACAAGCUCGUCAUCGACACCGAGGACCGCAAGAACGCGCUCGAGGAGAUGAUCUACGACCAGCGCUCCAAGCUCGACGACCGCUACAAGCUUUUCGUUACCGCCGAGGAGAAGGAGAAGUACCUGGCGGCGCUCAACGCGCAGGAGGAGUGGCUCUACUCGGACGAGGGCGAGGAUGCGACCAAGUCGGCGUACGUGGAGCGCAUCGACUCGCUGCAGAAGAUCGGCGGCCCGAUCCAGUUCCGCGAGAAGGAGUUCCAGGAGCGCCCCAGGGCGGCGUCGGCGCUGCGCGAGGCCAUCAACAAGUACAUGGAGAUGGCGCAGGGCGGCGACGAGGCGUACAGCCACAUCUCGGAGGACGACAAGCAGAAGGUGAUCGAAAAGUGCGCCACCGUCGCCAAGUGGCUCGACGACGGCCUGUACAAGCAGUCGGAGCUGCCCAAGAACGCCGACCCCAAGAUCGUUUCGGCCGACAUGCUCAAGAAGAAGGACGAGGUGAUCUACUUCUGCCACCCUAUGUACGUAUACAGUUCGCGAUCUCUCCCCGUUUCGAGCGCGGCGUCGAGCAGCGCGGCCAAGUCGACCGACAUGACCACGAGCACCAGCCGCGCAAGUAGCAGUAGCGGGACGAGCGGCACGGGCACGGAUCCUCCUGCUCUGUCGGUCGAUCCCGGUGCGGAGGAGCCGAGCGAAGGCGAGGAAAGCUGCGUCAGCUCGGCAGACUCUGCCUCGGCAGGAUUGCGACUGCCGUCGGAGCUGUCCGACUUUGAAGCUGGGCCACUUGGGCCCGACUCUGGCUGUGGUGUGACGAGUGGCAAUGCGCGCGUGCAUCCGCGCUCGGAAACGCCGUCGUCGGGUUCGAGCCGUGCGCGUAGCAGCGAGGCGUCCAUGAGCAAGAUCAAGCCGCGCGUCGACACGACCCAGGCGCCCACGCCGGCCAAGGAGGACAAGAAGGAGGCCGAGGCGGACAAGAACGCCGAGGCUGACAAGGCCGACGGCCCCGGCGAGAUGGACGUCGACUGA